GUUAGUUACGUUGGCUGACGUUGUGGUUUACGCGAUAUUGACUUAAUUUUAGUUCAAAUUUUAAAAUUUUAAAUUAAAGUGAUGGUGUUUUAUUCAUGAUGGAUCUGCAUUUACUACAUUGCAUUUAAGAUCUUAAUUAUAUCUUUAAUAGAUAAAAUUACGUUUACAUUUCGUAAUUUGAUAAUAAAAUGCCUUUUGUAAACAUUAAGAAGCAUUAUAUAGCAUUCGGGAUGUUACUUUUUGUUUUAUUAUUCUUAUUUAAUAGCAAGCCGGCGUUUCAGUGUCAGUUUAGCCAAGAGCCCCCUGCGUACUUGCCCACGAUUUAUGGGAUCACACCGACAUACUCAAGAUUAGCCCAAAAAGCUGAUCUCACAAGGCUGUCACAAACAUUGAUGCUCGUAAAGAAUUUCCAUUGGAUCAUCAUAGAGGAUUCAGAAACAAAAACUAAAUUGGUUGAGAAUUUAUUGAAAGAAUCAGGUCUGAAAUACACUCAUUUAAAUGUGAAAACCCAUAAGGCAAAACAUUCAACAGCGAGCGGCGUUGAGCAGAGAAACGCUGCGUUGGACUGGUUGAAGGGGCAUUUAAAUCAAAUUGAAGACAAAAAAGGCGUAGUUUACUUCAUGGAUGACGACAAUACAUAUUCAUUGAAAGUUUUUGAUGAGAUGCGAAAGAUAAAAAGAGUUGGCGUAUGGCCGGUCGGCAUCGUGGGUGGGAUGAGAGUGGAGAUGCCCCUAGUCACAGAUGGAAAGAUAAGCGGCUUCAACGCGGUCUGGAAACCGUUCAGACCUUUCCCUAUCGAUAUGGCAGGAUUCGCCAUCAACUCAACUCUGUUCCUGGAUUAUCCAGAAGCUAAGUUCUCGAGGAAGGUUCAGUCUGGAUUUCAGGAAAGCGAGAUAUUAAAGUAUUUUACGACGAAAGAAGCAAUGGAGCCGCUAGCCGAGUUCUGUACUAAAGUUUACGUUUGGCACACGAGAACGCAGCACCCAUCAAUACUCAACGUUAAGAAAUUAAAACAUCCACCGGUACCAGACGAUCAUAUUGAAGUUUGAUUUGUAUGUAGUAUUAAUUUUUAGGUUUGAAAACUUUUACAACAAUGUUCUUUUUUUUUUUUGGAGUUUAUGGCCUGGUAUCUAGACCUUUAGGCCAACAACAAUGUUCUUAGAAUUUCUGGUGUUGCCAAUAUACUUAUACUAUUUUGCUGCUAUUUUAAGAGUCGGAUGAAAGUUCUCAAGGUACUAGCCACAUUUCUAAAGACUUUUUUAUUACCAAAAUAUUUGUAACUCAUCUAACAUUUGAUAAUAUUUCGUAAACUGUCGUCCCUCUAAUUAGCCCACUGAAGUUGCAAUAUAGACGAAAAUAAUAACCUGUUGAGAAAAUCUGAAGAUUGCCAAAAAAAUAUCUGUAUUAGUUACCAGAACAUCACUCUGUAUAAGGCGUACAUACAUAGAUUUAUAGAGAUGGUAAUUGAAAUAGCAAAUAUAAAGCUUAAUAACCGUACGUAAUUUACAACCAAAAAUUGGUUAUCGCAUUGAAUCUUAAGUAGAGGCAAUACAUUGAAUUUUAAUAAAGGAAUGUUUCCUACACUUGUUUGAAAAAAAAUCGUGUAAUCUCUUUAAGUUUAUUUAAAAACAAAAAGUUAUAAGACACUUGAUAAUCAUAAAUGUAUGAAUUCAAAGAGUAAAUGGUUUUAGUAGGUUUUGUAAGGUAACGUCAUCGCCUAAGAAAUGUAUUUGUGUAAAUAAAAUUCAAGAAAAGAUGAAACUGCGAAUGUUUCUUAUGAGUCGUCUAUUAUCAAAGGUGGCAAUCUGUGCAUUUGGACAAAAAAAUGUUAUUGAUAUGUC